AUGGGCCCUGCAAUCCUGCUGCUGCUGCUGUGCCUGCAGGGCUGUGUCGCAGGUCCCCCUGCAGAGAACAUAUACAGAAAAGUGAGGCUUCUUGAAGGGCAGACUCUGUCUGUGCAGUGCUCCUACAAGGGCUACAAAAACCGCGUGGAGGACAAGGUUUGGUGCAAAAUCAGGAAGAAGAAAUGUGAUCCUGGGUUCACCCGAGUCUGGGUGAAUGGGCCCCGCUACUUGCUGCAGGAUGAUGCCCAGGCUAAGGUAGUCAACAUCACCAUGGUGGCCCUUAAGCUCCAGGACUCAGGCAAAUACUGGUGCAUGCGCAGCACCUCCGGAACCCUCUACCCUUUGAUGGGCAUCCUGCUGGAAGUGUCUCCAGCCCCCACAACUGAGAGGAACACUCUUCUCACACAUCUGGCUGACAUCUUCAAGAGUGGAAUUGUCACAACAGGCCAAGCCCCUACUUCAGGCUCCGAUGUGCCUUUCACCACUAGCAGGAUGGUGUUCACCCCUGGAAUCCUCACCUUGGCCAGGCUCUUACCUUCUUCCAGACCAACCUCUAUGACAGGCUACAGCUUCACUGAUACCAGCAUGACCACCAAGGGGUCCAGGAGCACCACGGUGGCCCAGGCAGUGACUGCAUCUCCGAACAAUGUUAGAGCCUCCUCUGAGGACCCAGAAUCCAUUUCCACCAAGUCUGGACAGCAUAGCACCAGAAUGCCAGUGACAGGAAUGUGCCACACCAGCAGAUCUCUCAACAAAUUUCCCUCCUUCAGGCACCAGGGUUUUUACCCCACUGUGCUCGUGGUGGUGCUGACCUUCCUCCUGGUGCCCGUGAUGUUGAUCGUGGUCUAUGGGUUUUGGAAGAAGAGACACAUAGGAAGUGAGCUACAGCACAGCAUGUGCAGUGAUCCUGCUAGACCCUGGAAGGACCUACCUAGAAGACCAGAGCUCCCAUGGAAGCCUGCUUGGUCUGAGACCACUUAACUAUGGGUGGGGAGCUUCUCCAGAGGGGCCCCAGAA